AUGACCAGAUUGCAAAUUGAUUUGAUUGAUAUGAGAACAUGUCCAGAUGUUGCUUCGAAUGAUGGUGUAUACCAAUGGGUUUUGAAUUAUAUUGAUCAUUUUUCGAAAUUCAGUUGGACGUAUCCACUAGAAAAUAAAUCGGCCGCUGAAGUGGCUAAAUGUUUGAGAGAAUUAUUUGACGUUUUUGGACCUCCACGUUUAUUGCAUUUUGAUAAUGGUCGGAGGUUUGUUGCUAAUGUUAUCCAAGAACUGAAAGCAUUGUUUCCAGGUAUGUGUUUUGUCAGAAGUCGAGCACGCAAUCCGCAGUCACAUGGUUGUGUGGAGAGAGCUAAUGGUGUAUUGACUGAUGCAUUAGGUAAAUGGUUGGCAUCAACGAAUUCGCUACAUUUGUCAGAAGGUCAUGCAUCGGUCGUUUAUGGGAUUAUAAUACAAGAGUUGCACCAAAAUGUACACCUCAUGAGGUGA